CAUUAAUUGUGCGCGCGCAGCCCGAGUCUUCACUCCAUCACAUAAAGCCUGAACACCUCACACAGUCUGGCGAUGCUUUUGCGCCACUGCGUGCAUUUUGGACUAUAACACUAAAGUUUGCCUUCUGGAGCACUGGUGCCCGUCCUCUUCUUCAAAGGUAUUUUGAUGUUACCUACAGAAAUCUCAGGAGGAGUGUGUUUCAGCGCUGGUCAGCACUCCAAAGAAGGAAGAAACGGAAUGAAAACAGAAGAAAACCAAUCAUGUCUUCAGCAGGCCCCCUCCGCCACACCUUACGAGCACGUGGGAGGAGGUGAGGUGUGUGCAGGGUGCGAGUCUCCCAUCGUGGACCGCUUCCUCCUGCGCGUCAAUGAACUGUCCUGGCAUGAGACGUGUGUCAAGUGUGCGGUGUGUCGCAGCGCGCUGAGCGGGACCUGCUACUGUCGGGAUCGCUUGCUUUAUUGCAAGCAUGAUUACGAGAACCGCUCGGAGCUCAUCAUGCGUGUGCUGGGACAGGUGUACCACCUGGGCUGCUUCAGCUGCUGCGAGUGUGAGCGUCGGCUGCAGAGAGGUGAUGAGUUUGUGCUAAAGGAGGGACAGCUGCUCUGCCGGGGAGACUAUGAGAAAGAGAGAGAGAUGCUGGCUGCCAUCAGCCCAGUCCCGACCGAGUCAGUAAAGAGUGAGGAUGAGGAUGGUGGUGGUGUCUCUGUUGGUGGGAAGGCUGGGGAUGAUGGGAAGGAGCACAAGAGAUCCAAGAGACCACGUACCAUCCUGACCACACAACAGCGACGUGCCUUCAAGGCUUCCUUUGAGGUGUCUUCCAAACCCUGCCGAAAGGUCAGAGAAACUCUUGCAGCUGACACUGGACUAACGGUGAGAGUCGUGCAGGUGUGGUUCCAAAACCAGAGAGCAAAGAUGAAGAAGAUCGCUCGCAGACAACAGCAGCAGCAGCAACAGCAAGAACAGGAGCAAAUGGGCGGGACCAGGAGGGGUCCGAGCAGGGGGGGGCGCCAGAGUAACGAUGACAGCGAGGAUGGCUCCAGCAGUCACGGACUGGACGGGCUGCUCUCAUAUUCCUCUCUGCCACGCCAACAACUGCUGGCUUUGGAUCCCAACAUAUACGGUAGCGAGCAAUUCCGACAUGGGCUCACGCCACCACAGCUAGGCCCCGAGCAGAUGCACUCCUACGACUCAGAGACAAUUUUCCAUGACUUGGACAGUGAUGGAAGCCUCAGUCAUCUCGGAGACUGUCUCUUGUCGACUGCCGACGGUGGAGUUCUGGCAGGGCGGAUAGGAAAUCCCAUUGAUCGCCUCUACUCGAUGCAAAACUCCUACUUUACCUCAUGACCCUGGUUCCACCUCACUAAGCACUCCUCCACCACAGCAGGGGGCAACAAAUAGAUUGAGUCUCACUGCAGGCGUCUUUCAUCAUCAAAAUUAAUUGAAUCUCUCAAUCGUAUCUUAGUCGUGCCAAUAAAGCUCUAACCAACCAAACCAAGACAGGAUCACACCCUAAAAAUUCAAUUUAACAUUGACAGAAUGGGAGUUCACUGGAAAAACAUGUUUUAUAUCACAUAUAUGCACUAUUUUCUUUGCUCUGUAUUGCUUAAACAUUAUUGCGACAGUCAUAGGCGUGUAUCAGACAUCAGCAGGAAGCUGUUCAUGACGUGUAAGUGUUACCUCAAAACUCUGCUCACUGCACAGCUAACAAACUAAUCAAGGCUGUAUCCGAAAUCACCCCCUAUACUCUUAUUCACUAUAGAGUGCUGCAGUGAUGACGUAUUUUGUAGGCCUAACCCUGGAAACAAGUUGGCAUUUUAGCAUUUCCACUUCCACUGUCCUAUAGUCAAUGGCUUUUUUUGAACGAGUUUCUGGUGAAAUGCCUGAAAUGAGGUCUGUGGUUAA